GACCCCACUGAGAACAUCACGGUGGUGGUCCAGGGCCAAAAGCGGUUUCGACUCUUUGGCCCGGCGGCGUUUCCUUUCCUUCGGCCGCAAGGCGGCCUGCUGCCCGCCAUCAGUUGCUGGCUGAGCGGCGUGGUGCCCGCAGUCUACUCCCCCGUGGAUGCCUUCGCAGAUGCGUCCUACUGGCGCAGGACAUCCCCACGACCAGGUUGCCCUGCUCCGCUCGACGUGGAGCUGCGUGCAGGGGAGGGCCUUUAUCUGCCAGCGGGUUGGUGGCACGCUGUCGUCGGCUCUGAGGAGCCGAAUCUGGCCAUCGUCUUCGGCUAU